GUAGCCAUGGAGACCGCGCGAGAGCGAGGCAGCUGGUAGAGUUCUCACCGCGAGCGUUUCCGCUCACCUAAAAUAAGGAGCUGGCGAGUCGUGGAGGACGAGGAACAACGCGGAACAGUACUGAGGAAAUAACACUAGACGACGUAAACAUAAUUUUGUAAAAAUAUCAUUUAGCCAGAUUCUGGUUUUUGGGUGUGUCCAUUUUUUACAACCGUUAAUGCAUCGAGUGUGAAGCAGUGAGAGGAGGCUCGCCGCUGUUAACCUUUACGCUGGUUAAGCCGUAGAGGACUCUCGCUGGUCGCCGGAGGAAAAGAUGUGCGAUGGAAUGGUAGCGUUUCAGACGAGAGCCCUGUCCUCCUCCUCUUCCUCAACCUCCUCCUUUCUAGCCCACAGGCUGGCUGCCUCUGCGCUUCUCCUCCUUUUUACCCUGCUCCCCAAUGGUCACGCAUCAGGUUGUGCGUGGCCCCCUGGCGUGCAGCACGGAGACUUGCUAAACCAGACCGAAGCUAACCGUGGCUCUUUCCCCCCGGGCACCCUGCUGACUUAUGGCUGCGAGCCUGGCUACACUGCAGAUGGAACCACCACCAUCAUCUGUACCAGCUCUGGAGCCUGGUCCCAUCAACCUCCACACUGUAUCAGAAGCGGCGUGUGUUCACCCCCCACUGAGCCAGAGAACGGGGGCUACCGCUGUCACCCGUCUCCCUGCCACCGCCUCACCCAGAAGACCGUCAUCGAAUACUUCUGUGACGAGGGAUUCGCUCUGAAGGGAGACUACAAGUUCCUCACCUGCCAGAACGGCGAGUGGGACGGCCCCAUGCAGAUUAGCUGCCGACUCACACAAGACAAGGAGCCGAGCUCCCCACUGGGUAUACCUGCUCUGUCCAUUGUGGCGUCCACAGCCAGUUCUGUGGCACUCAUCCUGCUGUUAGUGGUGCUGUUUGUUCUUGUACAGCCCAAACUCAAGUCCUUCCACCACAACAGGAGGGAGAUGGGAGUCUCGGGCGAGUCCAGCUCCAUCAUGGUUGAGGGCGUCCAGGUGACACUGCCCUCCUACGAAGAGGCUGUGUAUGGAAGCGGUGGACCCGGUGGCGCUUCUGGUCCCCCUCCUUCUCCGCCUCCUCCUUCGGCUGCUGCAGAGUCUCGAGUCCCGAUCGUGCUCUCCGAGGGUCUCCCUCAGGGAGCCACGGGAGGCCAAGGCGCCAGCAGAACACGGCACAACAGAAACUUAGACUUCUCUCUCCCAUCCACGUCCUCCUCCUCAUCCUUCUCCUCCCGCCGUCAUGCAGAGACGGUGCUGGUUCAUCAGGCCCCCUCUUCCUCCUCCUCUUCAUCAUCAUGGGCUAGAGAGCACCCUGGGGGUGCAUGCGCAGGCCCCCUACCUCUCCGUAGAGACUCUGAGAGUAGCGACCAGCACAGUCUGCUUUCUGUCACCUCUACAGAUGACUUUUCUGACGAUAUCCCCCUGCUGAAGGAAGCAUGAAGCCUCCUCGCCUGCUAGCAGCAUCAGCAGCGGAGGCCUGAUUUCUCUAUCGCUCACUGCUGACCAGGACUGACUGUUGCUGUCACCCUACUUCCCCCCGAUCGCCCUCAGCAGCCAGCAGAGAAAAGACUAGAACUGUUCACCAUUGCCCAUGCAACCUCUUCUGCCAUUACUACCCAUGCAGAGCAAAGCCAACAACCAACACCCGCAAUGAUGGAGCACCACUGGACCCAGCGACUGGAUCAGAAGACAAAUAAAGUGGCGCCAGCUCAACAUGAAUCGUGUAGAUCCGAUGUAUACGUAAAACAUACAUACUGAGUCUCGGUUGUGUACUUUAGGCUAUGUUCGCACCGCACACUUCCUCCUCCCAGGUGCUCUAUAAAAACAAUGCUCACAGAGGCGUCAUUGGAGAAGGCCAAAGCAAUCGAGACACGUCGACUCGGCCUGGGAUUACUGCGGAUAAAAAAAUAAAUAAUAAAACCUUGUGACGUCCGCUCCUGGUGCUGCGGCGCUCCGAAUCGUCUUCCCGCUGUGACGGCUGGGAUUUUGUGGCCCGCUUUGUGAAUGCUGCAUGUUGUUUUCGGUUAGUGCUGUCGCAGCACAGCAGCACUCUGAACGAAGCAUGAAGCCUCCUCGGUCUCCCUCUCUCUCCCCCUCGCUUUCCGAGUAUCGGGGCGGCGUCUAGCAUAUGGGUUAGUGGGAUUGAGAACCACUUCACGGGAGCUAAAAGCAGGGUUACCAAGUACCACAUCACAACUAUAGAAAGACCCCCUCCUUCCUUUUCUGUUGCCAGCUGCACCCACUAUCUGGAAGGUGUUCCUUCUGUCGCAUGAGUGGCAUUGAUUGGUGUUUUGGUUCCAGGACUGUGCCGUGCAUCUUACUUGUAGGAGGAGGGAGGAGACGUCAUCUCACAGUUUGUGUAAAAGCUGAGGAGAGGGUGGUCUUUCAAUGUGGUGAUCGGGCAAAUGACUAAACUUUAGGGUUGUGCGUGUCGAGUUUUGUUCCCUGUAUUUAUUGGUGUGUUGCUAAGUUUUCUUUGAGUUGCUGAUUGUGUGCGUGUGUAUGUGCGUGUGUGUGCGCGUGCGUGCGUGUCAGCCAGGCAGGAGAGUACAUGUCCUCAUAAGGAAAGCCUCGACGGAGACAUUUCCUGAUUUGCCGCUCUUGCUUCACAACGUCCACGUCUUUCAUAGGAAAACGUCCCUCCCAGCAUUGAAUAAGUCACAUGAACAAACCAGCGUCACUUCAGGCAAUGAGUCCACUACACAAUGUGUGUAUUAGUCAUCCACUUUCAAGCUAGAAUAUUGAUCAUUUUCUGCUGAAUGGCUGGAAAACACAAGUCCCCUAAGAGGACCUGGCUCUCGUCCACCUUCACAUUCUCGACUUUAGUGCAUUAUGGACACGACUGCAACUGGUUGCAGUGGAACGCUAAAGUUUGGUUAUAUAGCACCCCACACUCGCCACGUACACUCACUCCCCCCUCAUGCCAAGUGCACAUUUAUGAGCGAAUAAUGCCAUGUUGUCAGAAAUCAUCUUCUGUUUUCAUCUCCAGUUGAAAAAGCUUUGGUGGUUGAGCUGGUCACCGUGGAAACAGCAUGACUCCGAAAGGAUCCUGAGAAUUACUUUUCAAGCUUCAGAAAAAGAAAAAAAAUUAAAAACACGUCUGAAUUUCUUUUCUGAUCUAGCUCGGCAUUUGUGUCUGUCCUUGUCAACGGCUCCAUUAUUAAUGCAAACAGAAUGUUGCCUUAGACUUAUACAUUUUCUUUUUUAUAUAAUCUUAAGCCUCCUCGUUGGUUGCUUUCCAAUAUUGCAACAGAUUCUGUUUUCCCAAAUGGCCUUACUCUGUUCUUUUCUAUUCUAUGCAUACAACUGUCUCUGUGUAUUUAUCAGUUUACUUUUGUUGUGGACACGACUGAAAGAAUGUCAUUCUUCUGUCCUCCCCUAGCUUUUACAGCUACUGCGAUGAUGAUGAUGAUGAUGAUGAUGAUGAUGACACACCUAUAAGCACCUAUAUUUCAUUAUUCUUUUGCUUCUUUUGCUUCAAGGCAUUACAAUAUUAUGGGAUUGAAAAAAAUUUCAAACUAACUUUGCAUUCAGAAGCACUGUUGUACGGUGUCGCGUCCCUGAAAAUUACAGGUUUAAAAAAAAAAAAACUACACAUCUUGAUUCUUAGUUUCAAAUGCUUUGGUUUUCCCUCUGUACAUGGCAGUGGGUGUGAAGAUAGUAAUUUAAUAUUUGUAUAAAGUUUAAUUUAAUUUUACAGUGUGUGUGUGUAUAUAACUUUCUAAUUAAAGCUUUCUUUUGAAUGUGGAA